GUCUCUGGCGUAAAAUACCGUGUUCAGAUGGGAUCAACGCCGUUUGUUUUUUUACGGCGUUCUGACUUAUCAAACGGCGAUUUUUACGUAAUUUCUUAAACAGAAGGGUUAAAAAAUUGGAGAAUUUUGGCCUAGAUUGUUUGCCAUACUUAUCGCUGCUACUGUGAGUCGUUGGCAGGAUAAAAACAAAUCCACUGGAAGGAAGCGAGCGGGAUGUUUACUUCCCAGCUGCCGAAACUCGACAUAUGUAAUAUGUCCUGGGUAGAAAAAAUAUUCAACGAUUUGAAUAUUUUGAUUCGGACGUAACACAUCGUUUAAUACUCUGACGACAUUACGGCUUGUAUGACGCUUGCCCAGGGAAGAGAGUGGUGUUGUCGUUUAUCAGCUCCAUUUGCAUGUUGGAUGGCUGAUCUAUUAUGCUAGGAACAUGUUCAAAAAUGUUUUCGGCUCAGGGUUUCUGGUGAGAACAUCACAUGUGAUUCUGACAUGGGUCAUAACGUUAAUCCUCUUCCUACAUGAUACAGAGCUGAGGAAGCAGGAGGAGACGGGCCAGCUUGUCCAGCCCGUGCUCUUCGUGCUGCUGGUGCUGCUGUCUGUGCUGCUGUACUUCGCGGUCUCUCUGAUGGACCCGGGUUUCAUCCUGUCUGAUGGCACGGACUUGCAGUUCAUGCUGGGAGUGACUGAGGAGCAGCAGGACAUGAUUCCACCUGCCACCAAAUCCCUGCGACAGCGCCGUUGUGGCCACUGUCUGCUUCAGCAGCCAAUGAGAUCAAAGCACUGCCAGACGUGUCAGCACUGCGUCCGGCGUUAUGACCAUCACUGUCCCUGGAUUGAGAACUGCGUUGGUGAGAGGAACCACCGCUGGUUUGUGUUUUACCUGGCCUUCCAGCUGCUAGUGCUUCUAUGGGGCCUGCGCAUUGCCUGGACGGGUUUCACCUACGUACCCAUCUGGCACCAGUGGCUGCGUACAAACGGAGUCCUGACGGCCGUGACCAUGCUGCUAGCGCUGCUCUCGCUCAUCGUACUGUUGCUGCUGGGCUCCCAUCUAUACCUGGUUUCUCUCAACACAACCACGUGGGAGUUCAUGUCGCGCCACCGCAUCUCCUACCUCAAACACUGCGGUGCAGAUGAGAACCCCUUUGACCGCGGGACAUUCCAAAACCUUUGGGGUUUCUUCUGCGUCUGGGGCACAGUGGUGUGGGAGCAUGUGUACUUUAAGGAGGGCAGCGAUCAGGUUUAGGUACAUUUCAGUGAUGAACAGCCUCUCUGGAUCUGGCAUUACACACCAAAUAGGAGGAUAAACUGUGCUUGUGAGCGGUUCCCUUUACAUAGGCAUUUGUGUCGUUGUGCCAUAACUGUGGAGCGUUUCCCUCCUUCUCAUCCUCUCAGUUGUUCUUUAUUGCAAUUGAUUGCCUGCAUUUCCUGUUUUUACCUCAAUGCAGUCGUAGUGAAAACUGUGGGAACUUUCAAAUAGUCAGUUUUGGUUAGGAAGUUUUCUAAUGAGUAAAGUGAUACAGGUGUAGCUGCAUGACAGCUAUAACAAAAGCAUUUCAAAUUCUGGUCUAAAGACCUUAUGUCAAGGUCUACAUCAAGAGAACUAAGAGCUAUAAUAAUUGACUUAAUUAAGUAUAAUGCACAGUUCACAUUUGGAAUGUUUGUUGUUCUUUAGGAUUAUCAUGGAAACAAUUUUUACUUUAGGUCAGCUAGAAUAAGUGAUGGAUGGAGGUAAUUUUACUUCAGUCAUGGAAAUCAAGGACUUGAAAUAAAUCAUUUUCCUGCUCAUGUGUCUUACGGGCUAUGGGGCAGGGCAAAUUAGCAUGACGCCCUAAUGAUCAUGAUCUAAUAAUGGUGCACUAAUUUAAUGAAAUUUAAAGAUGCAGCCGAUUCAUUUCAAUAAUAAUCAAUAUGCUGCCAAGAGCAGAACAAAUUAGCAGCUCAAAAACAGCAGAACCGGUGAGAAACCCAACGAGGAUUGUGCGAACCAACGCAGGUCUUAGAAAUAGAAACUGCUGGAGAAUGUGAGGCUCAAAGGUCUGAGACACAGCUGGAGCUCAGGAUUUAUCCAGCAUUUUUCAAACAGCUGUAUGACCUGUAAGAUGUGUAGAAGGUAAACAAAAGCAUCAGAUCU